AUGAAUAAAACCCUAUCUUAUUUUAGGGACUCAGGGUUACAGACAGUGUUGUUGUCAUUUAACUUGAGGGUUACAGACAGUGUUGUUGUCAUUUUCAUCCCUUCUCUUCCCCUUUUCCAGUGAACGGCAGUUGCAGCGGUGCCUACUGCCCAGAGAAGGAGAGUGGGCCAGAGCUGGGGGGCAGUGAGGGCACACUGAUGUGCUGUGGACAGAGUCUGGCGGUGCUGAUGCCACCAGGGAGCCAGCCAGGUCCAGUGGGUCAUUACCACAGUGUCCACUGUGAGCGGCCCACACCCACACACAACCUUCAUCUGCUGGACAGCCAGCAGCAGCACGCUGAAGCCAGGUAAGAACAACACUGACAGGUUCUGACAAGAAUACCAGCAAUAUAGGGGACAAUACAGGACUUAAACAGUAUAGCUGUCUGUUGAUUGUUUCUGUUGAUCAGAUUAUUUGUGUUUGUUAAACACCUGAAAUGAUGUUAGCAGUACAUGUUAUACUGUUGUAUUAACACUAAUAAUAUUAUCAUACUGAUAAAAUGAAUAGUAAUCAUUCUACGCAGGUAAUGACGGUGAUAAUAGUCCCUGUAUAAAUGUGAACUUUAUCUGUCAAAUGUAAUUACCUAUAGCAUGUAAUGACAUUUCUCAUAGAGGAGGCAGGUAUGAUACUUAACUAUCUAUUGACUGGUCCAAUAAAUAUUCCUAUCACCCUCUCUGGCCUCUAUACACUCCAAAGUGCUUCUGGACAGACAUUCAAUUCUCCCAUAUUGUCUCUGAAUGCCAUCGCUACAGCCAAACAGGAAAUAUCGCUCAUGAAAGAAAGGGGGGACUCUCUCUCUUACACACUCUUUAUUGACUACGAAAAAGUCAGGCUCUGGCUCUAUCUAGCCAGGCAGCUAGCGUUAGCACUUUUCCCUAGUGUGCGUCGAGAGAACGGUAGAAAGAGCGAUGAGAGAGAGAGAGAGAGAGAGAGAGAGAGAGAGGAGAGAGAGAGAGAGAGAGAGAGAGAGAGAGAGAGAGAGAGAGAGAGAGAGAGAGAGAGAGAGAGAGAGAGAGAGAGAGAGAGAGAGAGAGGACAAAGACAAUUCCUUCAUGGAGACAGGAGAGAAAGAAAGAGGGGCCUUCUCACAUCACUCAAGAGCUUUGCACAAAAUCCAUAAUGAGCGAACUGACAGGAAUUAUUAUGUAGGACAUCACAGCAACGCAUGGAGAAAUACGACCUGGCUCCCCAUUCACCGGGGGCAAGAUUCCCACCAUAAUACACAGUAUUGUAAACGCUGACCCUUCACAGGCCGCCAUUAUCCAACAAACCAGCUGACUCCUAUUUAUCCCAACAUGUAGGCUUAGGUUUAACCCCUUUGUGUCAUCAAAGCCUGUCAGACUAGUGACACACAAGAAGCCCCAUCCAUCGCCUCUCCUUCUAUCCUCUCUAUCUGCCCCCUCUCCUAUUCUUAGCCAUAAAUGCCCAUUCAUAACUGCUCACAGGGCUCAAGGUCCCCUUUCAUUUAUUCAUGAAAUCACUCCCGGAUCAUCUGCUGCUGGUGGAUGCUGCCCUGUUUUGAAAGGGACACCACAAGUCACUCUAACUAACCUUCCAUUUCUCUCUGAAAGUUCUCUGUCUGUGUGAAGUGGUUGUUAGACCCUCUGACUAAGACUUUUAGUUCUAUGGGGGCUCUCUGGGAUGAGAUGUUGUUUUUGUAGAGAGAGAAAGAGAGAGAGAGCAAGAGAGAGCAGAGCGAGAGAGCAGAAAGACAGAGAGAGAGAAAGAGAGAGAGAGAGAAAGAGAGAGAGAGAGAAGAGAGCCCACUCUAGGCCAGGUCUGCAGCUCACAGCCUUGCUGUUGUGCGAGGACUGAAAGCUGCAGCAUGUGGGAAGGAUGACUUGGCAGGACCCAGACAGCCUUGGCCUUUAUCUAUCAACAGCGGGCGGCUAAUAGUGCUCAUAUUCUCCCCUGUGUUGUCCUAAUAGCCUCGCUCUGCUCAGAUUCCCUGCCGUGUGUUUUUCCCCUCUACAGGUCCUCUGCCUUCCAGAGAUCACUGGCCUCUCCCGACCCAGGCUGCGGCAGCUCCAAUGGGGCCAGGGCACUUCCUCUCCCCUAUCCCAUCAAACAGGAGGCCUCCAUGGGCUACAACAUCUCCCAGGGACCAGGGGUCCCCACCACAAUCCACGGUGCUUUCCAGAGCAGCAGGGGAAGCAUGGGGGUCCGGCGGGGGGAGAUGGAGGGUCCUCUCGGUGGAUGCGGCGGUGGCAGUGGCUUAGGCAGCGCUCUAUCGGCAGACUCGGCGUACCCGUUUAAUAAUGAAGAUGGCUCCUCCCCGCUGUCUUUGUCCCCUGGCGGCUCCCGUCAUUCAGCGCGGCUGCUCACCACUAGCAGCCUGAAAAGACGCUGCCUGUCCCUGGCUUCCCAGUCCGCCACUGCCAGCAGUAACGCUAGCGCCGUCGCAAACGCCGUCGUCACCACCACAGAGGGGAUCGAUAUCACCGCCAUUAUCUGCUCCUCCCAGAUGUCCGUGGUGGCCUGCGUCAACGGGCUCCGGACAAACCCCUCACCCCAGCCCAGCGGCGGCUUCUCCUCCCGGGCUGCCCCCCGCAAGCCCCCGCCCCCCCAGCAGUGCAGAAGCCCCCAGCAGAACCUCUCGCAGGAGAGUUGUCAGCUGCCCUCGCCUGCCGCCUGCCUGCUGUCCCUCUCCUCGGGCUCCUCCUCAUCCUCCUCCUCCUCCGUGUCGUCUCUGGAGCCGGAGCAGCAGAACCAGGGCCAGGGGCUGUGUGAGGAGCCCGGCUCCAUGCAGCCGGGGCCAGGGGGUGGAGGUGGAGGAGGAGCAGGCUCUGAGGGGCUGGGGCUGCUGAUGAGUGGGGCCCUGAUGACGGGAGGCCUGCUUGGGAACGUGUCUAUGCUGGAGGGCUGUCAGAGGGCCGGUGGAGGAGCUCUGAAACAGGAGCCUCUAGAUGACUUCUCUCCCAGUGAGGAGGAGCUCUUUCAGCACCACUACCACCAUCACCACCAUUAUAACCACCUGACUGGCCGCACUGCUGCCAGCCACCUCCGCCCUCAUCCCCACCACCCUGCCCCCCCACGGUCCUCCAUGCCCCCACCCUACCACCUGCACCAGUACGGGGGCCCAAGCCCAGGGGGCUUGCUACACCUCCAGAACCAGUCCACCACAUCUUCAUCCUCUCUCCUCUUGGGCCUCAAGACAUUGAGCCCCGUCGGGGGAGAGGACGGUGGGCUGCUCAGCGACAAGCAGGUUUGCCGCUGGAUUGACUGCAGUGUGGCGUACGAGCAGCAGGAGGAGCUGGUGAGGCACAUCGAGAAGGUGCACAUCGACCAGCGCAAAGGGGAGGAGUUCACCUGCUUCUGGGCCGGCUGCAUCCGCCGCUACAAGCCCUUCAAUGCCCGCUACAAGCUCCUCAUCCACAUGAGGGUCCACUCGGGAGAGAAGCCCAACAAGUGUAUGGUGAGUCCCUCUCCCCACCAUAGAAAUAUAAUUCAUAGAAGGGAAAUCCCCAUUCAAGUAAAUUUGAUGGGUGUGCCGGCGGCCAUGUUGAAUGUACCCAUGCCAUUCUAGUAAUUCCCCACCCUGAGUACAGAACCAAGCCAUUACGGUUGGUGUCAGCAGUCA